UAUCAGUGGUAGUGUAAUAGUAAUAUAUUAACAUAUUUUAUUUCAUAUUGUAUUAGCAACAGGUAUAAUGAAAUUAAUUAAUGCUUACAAAAAAUUACACAUAGUGAGUAAGCAUAACCUACAAACUGUUUGACAAAUGAUCGGCUAUAGUACUGAAAAGAUUCUGAUUCUAAUAUGCAAUUAGUAAUGAAUAUGAAGUGAUAUAGUCGUCGAUGUCAAUAUUUGUCUUAUAAACUCUUAGUAAGUCCCAUAUUACAUGCUAUACAUUGAUGUAAUUUGCAAUUAAAUAUUGAGUAUUAAAAACUAAAAAGAUUAAAUAGGGAUUCAAAUAAGUAUAUCAUUGUAAAAUAAAUAGACAAAACUUUUCUUGCUUUAUUUAAUUUUAACGUGAUAUUUUAAAAAAACAACUGUGAUUUAUGUAUUGUAUUUGUGUCAAGAGUAUUAUAUCAUUUCUUUUUACAUACUGUUUGUGAUGUUUUAAAGAGUGGAGUAAAAAUGGUUGCGGGUCCUACUGAACAUGGUAUACAAGCUGACGUAAUAUUUGUAAUUGAGGGAACAGCUGUUAACGGAGCUUACCUUAAUGAUUUGAAAACAAAUUAUCUUACUCCUACUCUUGACAAAAUAGCACAACAUUGUAUGGGAUAGUAGUAUAUCAUGCUGCUGAUUGUUUACCAGCACCAUGUACGGAGACUUUUGGACCAUAUGCAAAUCCUCAUAAAUUACUACUUGUACUAGAAAAAUUAGAAAUGGUUGGAGGAAAAGGGGAAUGUUAUGCAAAUAUUGGGGAAGGACUUGCAACUGGACUACAAUGUUUUGAGGAUCUACAAUUACGUCGUGAACCAAAUACAGCAUCGCAAAAACAUUGUAUCUUGAUUUGUAAUUCUCCUCCAUAUCAGACAGUCAUACAGGAAUCAUAUAAAUUUGCUGGACAUACUAUAGAACAGUUGGCGUCACUUUAUCAAGAAAGAAACAUUAAUCUCUCCAUAUUGUCACCUCGAAAAAUACCUGCGCUAUUUAAGUUAUUUGAAAAAGCCGGAGGUGAUCUGCAAUCAUCACAGACAAAAAAUUAUGCUAAAGACCCGCGACAUUUGGUCCUGUUGCGUAAUUAUAAUUUAAAAGAAAGACCUGUCAGUCCUACAAUCGGUGGAGCUGUUCAUACUACUCCAGGUACUGCUGCCCAAAUUCCAUUGAGUCCAUUACAGAGCAACGACAGUCCGACUACCAAUCAGGUGCAACAGAAUAUUGCACAACCGGCUCAACCUCAAGUUCCUCCAUUUAGAAGUCAAACUCCUCAAAAUAUUACUUCAGUUCAUCCAACAGUAGUACCAAUGGCUGCUGCAAUGAACACUGGCCGACCUCCUUAUAAUCCUCAAAUAUCUGCUCCACCAACUUAUCAUCCUCCAAGAGCAGGUCAACCUAGAUGGCGGAAUUUGCCACCAUUUGUGCCAACAGGCCCAACAAAUACACAAAGCAGUGCUUUAAUAGCGCAAUUGAACCAACCACCUCCUUCAAUGGGACUCAAUGUACCUCCGUUUGGGCAACGAAUGGAUGUGACAAAUACCAAUGUUAUGGCUGCAAAUGCACAACAGCAGCAGCAACAGCAACAACAACAGCAGCAGCAGCAAUUAACUCAACAACAACAAUUGAGAAUAACAAUGCAAUUACAACAACAACAACAACAGCAGCAGCAACAACAAAAUGUCCAGCAACCAUCUUCAAUGCCAAUAACGGCUCAGCCAACACACGGACAAGCUGGACCGCAACUUACGGUAUCUUGUGUGAGUCAGUCUGUGCCUACACAAGUACCACAAACAGUUACUGCUUCUCAGACACAAGCAUCUGUAUCAUCGGUUACUCAACAACAGCAAAUAACGCAUCCUCAGACACAGGGUAAUGUAACAGUUGGUACGGUAGGACCAGGACCGCAAAUUAGCACGCCACGUGAGAGACAAACGAUAUGGCAGGGUAUUAUUGAAUGGGUUGAAAAAGCUAAAACAACUCCAGAUGCACCAAAACAAACUAGACAUCUCCCAUGUCAAGUUUCCGCAAAUUGCAAAGAUGGAGAUCCAGAAUUGAAAGCGGAUACGUGGCCACAGAAAUUAAUUAUGCAACUGAUGCCCAAACAAUUAAUAGGAAAUAUCGGUGGCACCUAUUUAAAAAAUUCCAAAUCCGUUUUGUUUCAUCCAACACCCUGCGAAGCCUUGGAAUCGUUAACAAAAGUUAUGAAUUCGGGAUUUGCGGGUUGUGUCCAUUUUACUUUCUUGCAAGCAGCUUGUGACAUAAAAAUACUUAUUCUUCUCUAUACAGCUGAAAGAAGAACAUACUUGGGAUUCAUUCCAAAUGAUCAAACUGGUUUUGUAGAUCGACUUCGAAAAGUAAUACAGCAACAAAAAACAUCGCAUGCUUCCAUGAGGCAAGGACAAGCUGGAACUGCUCAAGGAAAUGCCAUAGCUGGUGCAAUGCCCACUACAGGCACUUCUCAAGGAGGUAUUCUUAUGUCACAAACAAAUCCUAUAGCUAUGGGAGGAGGCCAAAUAACUCAAAAUGUGGUCUCUACGAAUGCUCCGCAACAAACAUUAACUUCAUCCGCUGGCCCUCAGAAUCAAAUAGAUAUGCAGAGUGGUGGUAUUACUGGUCCCCAAGUGGCUCCAGCUUCUGGUGCGAUGAUAGGACAACAAAGGCCACCAUUUGAUAACAUAGAAAUGGCCAGGCAACAAAAUUUGUUGAAAAUUCAACAACUACGGCAAACGUUAGAAGCCGCACAGCAACAGGAGGCGCAAUAUAAGUCGCAACUGGAAGUAAAUGCUCAACAAGCCCAAAGAGCACUAAAUCCCGCCGGUAUGACGAAUCAACAAGCAAAUGCUCCGAGGCCUUUGAUGAGGCCCGUUCCGAACAUUGGUCUUAGACAUUUGUUACAACAACCACAACCGCAGUAUAGGCAAGUAAUUGGGUUACAGCAACAGAUGGUUCCUAGGGGGCAAAUGACUACAAGGCCCAUGGCUCCUGGUAAUCCACAAAAUCAACAAUUUGAGGACGUCUCUAAUUACGAUUUCCUUGGA